AUCGAAGCUUUAGCUAUGCAGUCAGGGCGUAUACUUGUUGCCUUGAUUUUAUUGGAACUAACAUUUCCUUUUGAAGCUGCCAAGUGCAAGGCAGCUCCUAAAUCUGUGCAGAAUGUACAUAUUUGCUGCUCAGCACCUAUGCCAAAUUGGGGAGUUUAUAAUAAAGAAUGCCAUAGUUCGGGACCUGAGGCAAGUUGCCGCCUGGCCUGCAUCUUUAAUGCCAGCUCAGCUCUGCAGGGAAACCGAUUGGUUCAGGCGAAAAUUCGUCCCAUGUUGGAACGUGCUUUUAACAGUGCACCCACCAUCGAUGUAUAUGAUUCCAACUUCGCCAAUUGUUCAUCGGUGGUGAGGAGCAAAUACCAGGAGCUGUCUCCAUUGAGUCGUCAGAGCGAAGCCUGUGACAGACACGCCCUCUUCUACAGCCUUUGUGCCUAUUCCCGCCUGAUAUUCACAUGUCCAGAUAAAAUGUGGCAACGGAAUAACAGGAUGUGCCAAGAGGCCAAGGCCUAUGCGAAAAAAUGUCCUUGGCAAGCGCUGAAAAUGUUCAUGAAAAAUACAUAAAAAUCUAGAAAGUA